AUGAAUAAACCAACUUUCAUUCAUCACCCUUUGAUCAGUUUUCUCCCACUCAAAUUUUUCAGAUAUUUUUUUUGCCAGAUUUUUAGUAGUGGUACAGAGUUGAGAAACGUGACCAACUCCUGUUUUUUACAAGACUUUAUAGCUUCACCAACGAUACUGCUUUUUUACUAUUUUUUUUUUCUCUUACGACUUUGAUAAAGUACGAGGAUAUUUUUUGAAGUGAAACAUAAGCAGGAAUCGAAGAAAUGGGUGAAGUUGUUGUGAGUGGUGAAGGUGAUUUGGAAAUUAUAGGGACAGAUGACAUGGAGUUGCAAGUAGAAACAGAGAACAAGAAUAAGGAAACAGGAGCAGAAGGUGCAGCAGUAACAUCUAGUUCGAUUUUGAAAUGGGAGAGAUUUUUGCCUAAAAUGGUAUUUAGAGUGUUGUUGGUUGAAUCGGAUGAUUCUACAAGACAGAUUGUUGCUGCCCUUCUUAGGAAAUGUAGUUACAGAGUCGCUGCAGUUUCUGAUGGUCUAAAGGCAUGGGAGUUGUUGAAAGGCAGACCUCACAACGUCGACCUAAUCCUGACAGAAGUUGACCUGCCAUCAAUCUCUGGAUACACUCUUCUUACCUUGAUUAUGGAGCACGACAUAUGCAAGAACAUUCCUGUAAUAAUGAUGUCCUCAAACGACUCAGUUAGUACAGUUUAUAGAUGCAUGCUGAGAGGUGCGGCAGACUUUCUUGUCAAGCCUGUUAGGAAGAAUGAAUUAAAGUACUUGUGGCAGCACGUCUGGAGGAGACAAUCUGCAAGUGGAAGUUCCCAGGGGCCUCUUGAUGAAAGUGUUGCACAACCAAAGGUUGAGGCCACAGCUGAAAACAAUGCUUGCAGUAACCAUUCAAGUGGUUAUAAAGCUUGCGUUCAGAGAAACCGGGAAUGCAUUGAGAAAGGAAGUGAUGCUCAGAGCUCAUGCACAAAGCCAGAGUUGGAGAAUGAAGAAGAGAAUGCAGAAGACUUACCGGAAUCUACCCAACCAAAUAGGAAUGCAUCUCUUCCAAAUGCUGCAGAGUUGGAGAAGGAACUACUUUACAAAGCAAGUAAUAGAUUGAGAAUGUCCGAGAAUGAUGCUAGAGCUCCCAUAAAAGAUGCCAAUGCAAUGGUCAGGGGAGAAGAUAUAAAUUCUGAUGAUAACUGCGGUCACAGUCGUACAAUUGGUCAAACUUCUGAUGAAAAUCCUGGUCCUCCAACUACUAUAGAAUGGGAGCGAAAAUGCUCCUGCAGGUAUGUGAACAGGGCAAUGCAGUCUGGACAGUCAACGUCGUCUAAGACUUGUAAUGUACAGGAAUAUGAAACUGAUUCUGAUAAGCAGUUCUGUGGUCAUGCCACUGAUUACAACUCAGACACCCGUGGUCCGAUGACUAGACCUCAAAGUUUUGCCCUUCCUAGCUGCAGAGAACCAGGACCAGCUGAAAUUGGACUUCCUUCUCCUCAGCAGAGAGCGACGCCUCUCCCUAUACCAGUGAGAGGUAUCAGGUUUGAGGGACCAAGCAGUGCCUACAGUUCUAGGAUUGCUCCAAUACUUCGUAUGCCAUCUGGCAUUUCACCACUGCAGAGUCCAGGUUCGGGUACCCCUCGGGAAUCUUCCUAUCAGUCGAAUCCAUUCCUCGUGUUAAAUUGUGAAAGUAGGAGCUCUCAGCAGUUGCACUCACAGAGUGAUCAAAACAACAGUGUCUCGACAGCUUACAAUGAGGGUAAGAGAGGACACAAUUCUGAACCUACACAUGAUUGUCAACGUUUUCCAUCUGCAACUGAUCAAACUACAAAUAGCAUUUGCUGCAAUGGUGAUCUAAACCAUGUUCGUCUGAGUUAUGGAAGCAACGGAAACAUCUCACUUCCACUCAGCAAAACACCAGCAGAGUAUAGGAAAGAAGAAAGCUUUCACACUCCUGAUGGAAAUUCUCAUCGAUCUCAAAGAGAAGUAGCUCUUACAAAAUUUCGCAUGAAGCGGAAAGACAGAUGCUUUGAAAAGAAGGUAAGAUACGAAAGCAGGAAAAAACUUGCUGAGCAGCGUCCCAGAGUGAAAGGACAGUUUGUUCGUCAUGUUCCUAGUGAGUCUUCGCCAGGCAACUCAUAGGCUGAUUGGCAAUAUAGGAAGGAUCACCAAUUCAUCCAACUAGAGGAGGCAGCAGAACAAAUAUAAGAAUGUGUCAAACGACUUGAAAGUCCGUUCUUCCAAAGUUUGAGGAACCAACGAGAGGAUGACCGAGUUUUUAUGAUGCUAAAGUCACUCAACUUUAUGCACUCCACAGUCCACGCUGAUGGUGUCCAUUAUAUUGUUAAUAAGAAUCACAACCUGGUGAGGAAUUCUCUACAUUUUUUUUGAAGGAGGGCAGCCCUGCCUUUUUGAUUGCGCUGAUAAAAAUAUGUAUGGUACAUAUCUCAGUUAACAUAUAUAUAUAUAUAUAUAUAUAUAUAUAUAUAUAUAUAUAUAUAUAUAUAUAUAUAGAUUAGAAACGUUCAAAAAAUACCAAUUUUAUACUCAUGACUAGGAUCAAUUCACCUCUCAUUGUAGUUUUGUUGAAAUGAUCAAAUCGUUUUCCGGUUUUGUAAAUUUUUUUGGAGUCUUUUAGUUGUAGCUCUAGACCUAUGUACAGAGAAUUAACAGAGAUUUUCUGGCGUGCUCUUUGUUUUUUGGUCGUGUUUUGUUUAUAGAAGAAAUUUGUUGUUGAGACAUCUUUACUUAUAUAGUUAAGUAAUAUAAUUUGUUUACUCUAA